GAAUCAUUUAUAGUUGAGACCUAUAGCAGUAGCUGUCAAAAUGAACUUGCCUAAGAAGAGAAUUUAUAAUAGCUGAAUCAUUGAUGAUAACCAUUCAUACAAACUGAAUUCAUAACUGGAGUUUUAGGGUCAAAAAUCCUAUUCUAAGAAAGUAUUGGCAGGGAGAUUUGCUAGGAAGUGGGAAGGCGAUGCAGUGUAGUGUGAUUUUACUCCAGAUCCAUGAUUUCAUUGUUGGUAAUUCCUAAUGAAAAGAAACAUGAUAUCCAUAGAUAAGAUUUGGCUUCAGAUUCAGUAAGACCUGGUUUCAAGCACUACUGUGUCUAAAUUAUUGAAAUGUAAAUUUAAUUUUUUUUUCUUGUAUUCACCAUUCUUUUUGGAGGUUUUUAGAGAGGUAAUAUAAUUUUUCAUAUUUUAAAAUUCAUCUUAUUUCCUUAAGAAAAGUUUAAUUAUAUAUAUAUCCUCAUAAAUUGGCCCUUUCCAAAAAGUAGCAUUAACAGCCUAAAACUUCUGAGGAAGUAGAGUACUAAUUGUAAUCUAUACUAGUACUACUAGAACUAGUACAGAAUACUAAUAGCAUUCUGUAUUAAAUUUUCCCAAAUUUCUCUUUGUCAUUGAGAGUGAUCUUUUUCUCCUAUAUGGUUGUUUAUGAAGAAUAAUUUUUCUUUUUGCUUGUUAAAAAAAUUUUUAUCUUUUGCAUUGUGAUGGAGACAAAAGCUGCUUUGAUAAUCUUCAUAGCCACAUCACUACAGCAAGCUUGACUAUCAGCCAAUCGGGCAGGAAUAUGCAAAUUAAUUCACUGUGAUGUUCAAACCAUCAUUUGCCCAAACCUGCUAACCCUAAACCUGACACACAUACUAGGUUUGGCUCAUAUGAACCUGUGCAGAGUCCCAAGCAUCAGGGCUCAAAAUAAGCAUUAUAGUUUUCAAGAGCUUGACCAAUCAAGGCCUGGAGGUGAAAUAUCAGCUCACCAUUAAAGAGUCCAGCGGCAUUCCAUGAACAGAUAAAAAGCUUAGAACGAGCCAGAACUGAAAAUUUUCUGAAACACAAGAUACGUAGUCGACCAGAUCGUUCUGAACUUGUCAGAAUGCACAUUUUGGAAGAAACAUUUGCAGAGCCUUCCCUACAGGCUACACAGAUGAAACUGAAGAGAGCUCGGCUGGCAGAUGAUCUGAAUGAGAAGAUUGCUCAAAGACCUGGUCCAAUGGAACUAGUAGAAAAGAACAUACUUCCCGUAGAUUCCUGUGUUAAGGAAGCAAUUAUAGGAGUUGGACAAGAAGACUAUCCCCAAACUCAGGGUGAUUUCUCAUUUGAUGAAGACAGCAGUGAUGCUUUGUCUCCAGACCAGCCAGCCAGCCAGGAGUCUCAGGGUUCAGCAGCAUCCCCAAGUGAGCCAAAAAUCAGUGAAUCGCCAUCUCCUAUCACCACAAACACUCCAACUCAGUAUACUUCACUAUCCACUGCAGUUUCUGAAUUCUUGAAAACCCCUCUCGCUGCUGAUCAUCCUGCAUCACGUCCUCCAGCUCCUGUCCUCUCUACAAACACUGUGUCUUCAACAAAGCCUGGGCCAGCACUGGUAAAGCAAAGUCAUCCUAAGAAUCCAAAUGACAAGCAUCGAAGCAAGAAAUGUAAAGAUCCCAAACCACGGGUUAAGAAGUUGAAGUACCAUCAGUAUAUUCCACCAGAUCAGAAAGGUGAGAAGAACGAGCCACAGAUGGACUCCAACUAUGCCCGUUUGCUACAGCAACAGCAGCUUUUCCUGCAGCUACAGAUCUUGAGCCAACAGCAACAACACUACAACUACCAGACUAUUCUACCUGCACCACUCAAGCCAUUAAAUGACAAACAUAACAGUGGAAAUGCAACUUUGAGCAAUAAUGCAUCUACAACAGGAGCCAACACGAGACAGACUACUUCUCUUCCUAUUAGAAAACCGGGACCACUGCCUUCUAGCCUGGAUGAUUUGAAGGUAGCUGAACUGAAGAUGGAAUUGAAGUUAAGGGGUUUACCAGUGUCAGGCACCAAGACAGACCUAAUUGAACGUCUGAAACCUUACCAAGAGCUUAAUAGUGGUAUUUCCACCAGCAAUGCUGUUGCAGUAUCCACUUCUACUGUAGCCACUAGCAAUCCAGAAGUUACUAUGGCAUUCCCAGUUACAUUAAAUAAUUCUGUUGCUAGCACCAUUCCCAGUUUUAAGUCAGAAACAUCAUCUACUGGAACAAGUAGUGUGACACAUACUGAAACCAUCAGUUCCCCUCUGCCGAUCUCCCCAUCUCCUUCAGAACACUCCAGUCUUAGUACUGAUGAUACUAAUAUGACAGAUACUUUCACAGAAAUUAUGACUAUGAUGUCCCCCUCCCAGUUUUUAAGUUCAUCUCCUUUGAGGGUAACAAAUAAUGAAGAUAGUCUAAGUCCUACCUGUGGAGGCCUAUCAAACAUGGAAUUGGAUGUGGCUGAAAAGGACCGAAAGCUUCAGGAGAAAGAAAAACAGAUUGAAGAGCUAAAAAGGAAACUGGAACAAGAACAAAAACUUGUGGAAGUACUAAAAAUGCAACUUGAAGUUGAAAAACGGGGACAGCAGCCACUACCAGCACCCCAGCCCACAGCUAAUUCUGUAAAUAAUGUAGAUCAAAAGCAUGUCAUUCCUGCUGUUAAAGAUGAGAAUUCUCUCCCUGACUGUUCUAGCUCAAGGCAAUCAAUAUCAGGAGCCAGCCAUUCUUUAGGCCAGUCAGGAUCUACUGCUGGCCAGAACCUAGUUGCCAAAAAGGCCGUAGUUAUCAAGCAAGAGGUACCUGUGGCCAAAGCUGAUCAGCAGAACAUCAUCUCUCAGUAUUAUGUGAGUUCCCAGAGACAUCCUCAAACCACAGUUGUUGCUCAGCCUCAAGCUUUACUAACCACCCAAACUGCACAGCUGCUACUUCCAGUGUCUAUCGAGGGUUCAAAUGUUACUUCAGUUCAACUACCAGUAGGCAGUAUAAAAUUACAGGCUCCACCGCAAGUAGGAAUUACAACUCAGCCCCAAGUAUCAGCUCCUGUAUCUCCCUCUGGCUUAACCCAAACAUCCCAUCCAAAACAAGACAAUUUCAACCAAGUACUCAACCAGCCUCAACAAAUAAGAAAGAUUUUUCCAUCUAGCUCACCAUCAAAUACAGUAUUUUCCUAUCAGAGAUCACCUGUAACAACAGUUCAGCAGCCAUUCAUUAAUAACACAUCCAACAAUGUUCUUCAGGCCAGGAACACUCAGGUUCCUUCAGUGCAAAAUGGACCUAGCACUACCAACAAGCCUGAUUCUCCUUCUCAACCUCAGCAGUUUAUCAUACAACACUCUCUGUUUGGCAACACAGUCACCAAGACAAAAGAUCCCCCGCGAUAUGAGGAAGCCAUAAAGCAGACUCGAAACAUACAGUCAUCUUCACAUACAGAGAUUUCCAAUGCACAUAGUCAACAGAUGGAUGACCUCUUUGAUAUCCUCAUUAAAAGUGGAGAGAUUUCUCUCCCUAUAAAAGAAGAGCCUUCUCCUAUUUCCAAAAUGAGACCAGUGACAGCCAAUAUCACCACAAUGCCAGUAAAUACAGUGGUAUCACGACCACCACCCCAAGUCCAAAUGGCACCACCAAUAUCCUUAGAACCGAUCAAUAGUUUGUCUAUCAGUUUAGAGAACCAACUAGAAGCUUUCUUAGAUGGAACUUUACCUUCAAGUGAAAUUCCUCAACUAACAACUAAUAACGAGGACAGAGAAUCAUUCUCUCUGAUUGAAGAUCUCCAAAAUGAUCUACUGAGUCACUCUGGCAUUCUGGAUCAUUCACAUUCUCCUAUGGAAACUUCAGAAGCACAGUUUGCUGCAAAUAAUUCCUGUUUGUCUCUUGACCUUCCUGAUUCAAACUUAGACAAUAUGGAAUGGUUAGACAUUACUAUGCCUAGCUCCUCAUCAGGGCUUACUCCUCUCAGCUCUACUGCUCCAAGUAUGUUUUCCACUGACUUUUUAGAUCCACAAGACCUACAGUUACACUGGGACUAGAAUUGGGUAUUUUUGGUCUCAGAACUUAAUAGAAAUAAUAACAUGUAAAUAACUAUGUUGGAGGCGAAUUUAAGGGAUAGGCCUGUGACUGCAGCUUUGCAAUUAAAACGUUAUCACAGAAUGAAUGAAUAUAAGGUGAUAGCCCUGAAACAAAUUCUGCAAACACUUCAUUGUAUUUAGCAGUGAAUUUCUCUUAACUUUUUGUAUGAUUUAAUAAUAAUAGUACAGGGCCAUCUGAGAAGUAUAACAGUCAAGAAAAAGAUAGUUGCUACAAGGACCUCAGUAAUGAAAACUACCACUAGACAAAACAUGGAAAAGAAGAAUACCUGUAGAAAAUAGCACCGAGUCCUUUAUAGAUAUUAAAUCAACUACAUUUAAACCUCUGUGGUUUACUUUAAGACUCUGAAUAAAAGGCAAACAGCUCAUUUUGAGUUUGACUUUAAGUUUAAAGCAGAAACAAAGAGCUAGUUUGAGAGGAAGUUAAGAAAUCACUGCACUUGAUUGUUCCUGUAAAAAGCCUGAGCCAAAGUCAAGAUUCAUUAGGGGAGAUAAAAGGCAAAAAAGAGACCUGACCAGUUCAGGGACAAAGACCCUUAUGGGUGAUGUCUUCUGGUUCAGAGUCCUUUUGAAAUUUUUUGUUGUUGUUGUUACUGUGGUUUGCUUUGUAACUUUUUUGAAAUCAUACUUUGGAUUUCCAAUUUUAAAUUUAUGGGAAAACUUCACUAUAAACAGAGGGUUUCUUUCAGAAUUACUAUCAUGAACAAGCCACUAAAAAGUCCAGGUUAUAUUGAUAACACUGAAACUUAGGGAUAUUCUGGCUUGAUUAGAUUGAUUUUUAAUAUGUAUAUCAGACAUUUGUACACUAGUUGACAUUAUAAUUUGUAUAGAGUAUUUUAGGCUGGGAAUAUAGAUAUUCUGUGGUUCUGUUUGUUUAAUAAUUCUAGAGUAUCUAGAGGACUUACUUGUUCUUCAUUUAUUUUCUUGUAAACUAUAUUUCUGAUUAGCUAAAUCCAUCUCAAAGAAUGAAAAAGAAAACUAGCAUUAAAUCUUUUUGACCUGGUCAGGUGAAAAUAGAAAACAAAGGGAGAAUAUGUAAAGUAUCUGGCAACAUUCCUAUAAUGAUUACUAAGGUAUUUUUAAGGGCCCACUUUUGAAGAGAGACUUUUGUCUGCUUUGAUUUUUGUUCAUUGCAACUAAUAUCCAGGUUGAAGCUUCAAGUGCUUAGUAACUGGAUAUUAUAUAAGAAUCCUUAACUCUUCAAGUAAUGUUAAAGGAGCAGAGUGUCUAAAACUAAAAAACUGGAGGUUUUUGUUUGGACCAGUCCAUAUUUGAUUAUUGUGAAGAUUAAGAAUUUUCUAAAAUUCUUCACUGCAAAAUUUCAUAAUUUUAAAUGGUUAUAUAAACAUAUAAUGAAAUGAAAAUAGAUGGGCUUGAAACCUACUAUAAGUGUUUGUAAUUUGUAUUAAUACAAUGGCAUUUCUUCAUCUAUCUCAUAUCUAUAUGAGCCCUGCAUCCAAAUUUGAUGCUGCCUUUGUAAUUCAUUCAAUGACAGACAUUCCCAUAAAAAAUUCCCAGGGAAUUGAUCAGGCUCUUUGCUUGGAAGGGAUUUAUAAAUCUUUUCUCUAGAUGUGCUUUUCUCUAAAUGUGCUUUUAACUAAAAGUUGUUCUCAUUUCAGAAUUUUCUUCAGUUUCAUACAUUUUACUAAGCAUGGUAAAAUUGUGUUUAUUCAUCAUUCGAUCACCCAGAACACUGGAACUCUGUUAAUUGGCACUUCAUAGUUUUGAAGCAACACCAGAUCCUGAAGUGCCUUCUGGAAUUGUCAGAGAUUUAAAUUAUGUUUUAGUGUAGUUUUAGUGUUGUGUAUUUUAUUUUACUUGAAUUUAAAAAUUGGUAAUCCUUGCAUGUGUAGUACCUAAUUCUUUAUCUGUUGAACCAGAACAUCCCAUUACCUGAUCAAGUGAGAUAACAGACCACCAUAUUUGAGGAUAAUAUCUUUCUAGUAGAAAUCUUUCUGCUUGGAAAUAGUGAGGCAGAAGUAUUUAACUUUGGAAAGUGUUAUUAUAUGUUUGUCAUCUGGUCUUUCAUAAGAAUUUUUUGGUUUUUAAAUUGCCCACGCUAAACACUAAGACUAUCGGUUUGGAAUAAUUCCUUACAAUUAGGUCAACUGCCAUGGACUGUAGGGAUUUAUCAUUUUUAUAAUUAAUAGUAGCUUUUUCAAUAUCUUUAUAUUUUCAUAAUCCCUCUUUGUAAACAAAUUUUUGAGGCGUCCUGAGGAACAUGCUCAUAACAUUGUUUUUCAACCAUAAAUGAGUUAUUACAUAAAGUCAUUCACAAAAAGACUUGAUGUAGUGAAUGAAAGCACUCUCAAUAGUUUAGUUAGUUUGGAUAAAUAUGUCCUGCUGCAGUCCACUUAAGUACUUAAGCCCUUGUGUGUCAACAGUUAGUAGCUAAUCUUUAGUUAUUAACUGUAUACACAUGUACCAUUCCAUUAGACCAUCUUUUACUUUGGGUAGCAAGAUAUAAUUACAAAAUAUUACUGUUCUACAGAAUAUUAAACUCAUGUUUAGGAUCAUUGUGUUUUAAAAUGUGCAGUUGAGUAAUCAUAGACCAAAGAUGAUAAUGUAAGAAAAUAACCCUAACCUGUUUCAAUGUUUAUUAUAUGAAUGUACAAGGGAGGGGUUCAAGAAAAGAGUUUCAGUUUCCUAAAGAAAAAUUUCUAUUUAAGGUCAGUUUCAAUUAGCCAUAGAAAAAGCAUCAAGUAAAAUUAAACUGUUGAAUUUUCAAUUGCAUGUAUAUAGUUUAUAAGUGGUAUUAUAUAUCAUUGAAAAACAUUUUACAUUGCCAAGAAAAUAUUAAUUAAUUCUUGAGUAUGUUCUCCCUUGUCCCUGUCACAUCUCCUUCAUACUUUAUAAACAUUUAGUAUCAACCUUUGCUUUCUACUUUAUAUGGAUCAGGUCAUUUGAGGGGUAAACAAAAAAUAAUUUUAGCAAAGAUUUAUCAGAUUAUCUAUAUUGUAGGGGGUAUACAAUUAUCUUGUGCAUUUCAGAACAGCAUCUAUUAGAAAACCUUAUAGAAUGGCUAAAAUGGUUUUGCUUUAGAGUGUUUUCCUGAAAUGUGCAAACUACUGUAUAGAAUUUGCUAUAUGUCUAUGCAUAUGUAUUCCCAAUUUGUAGAAAGAAUUCUUGCUUGAACAUUAUUUGUGUGUUUUAUAUGAAUAUUUUUGUAAUACUGAAGAGAUCUUACGUAAAUAUUUGAAAUUUCUUUUUAAAAAAUUGUCACCAACUGAUAACAUUAUUUUGCAAUACAAUUUGAAUUGCAAAAGAUAUGCUAGUACCAAGUUGAACUUGCUGCCUUUUGAAGACAAGGAAAAAUAAAAUAUUUCUGCUCAAUCAUAUAAUUUAGUGAACAUAAAUGUAUUAAGAAAUACCCUAUUUUAUCAGAAUAAAAACCACUAAAAUCAAUCUCUUAUUUUUGUCACCAAAGCUUAACUCAGGACAUGUUCAUACACAGCCACUGACCAUUCCAAUCAUUGUGGCUGACUUCAAUAAAAAUUGCCAAGGGUGACUAUCAUAUAUGGCCAUCUUCAAUAAAUGAAUAAAAUGAAUGGAUGAUCUUUCUUGGAAUCUAUUCAUUUUCUGCAAAUAAACUUGGCCUUAGGCAAGAGAGCUGUUAGUAUUUGGGGUUUUUUAAGCUGUUUUAGAGAGGGACCUGAAUCUUAUAUAUAUAUUCUCAUGCCAUCUCUAUGGAAAAUAAUGUCAGGAACAUAUGUAGCUAGGGAUAUAACACCACCACAAAGUAAUUUAUUUUCUUUUUGUGUUCAGUAGCCAUUAUCAGCAAAGCACAAUACAAGUCUGAGGAACUAAGUAAUAUAUUAAUAUUUACUUAGGAAUUUGGUUAACUACCAGUAUAAAAGUUAAUCAAUUAAAUAACAUUACUCACAAGAUCAUAUUGUCUUACCCUGUAACAUAUCACAAAAAUAGCGCCCCCCCACCCAUCAGAAUACUUUUAACUGGAAGGGCAUUAUAUAAUAUAUACAUACAUGCAUAUAUGUAAAAUAUAUGUAUGUAUAGAUAUAUAAAUGUGAGGUGCAGACAAGCAUAACAUUGCAUGACAUUUAUUUGGAUUGCACUCUUAAUAUGGAUUGCACCUUUAAUACAGACAACUAAACUUUUAAGUAAUUUAAAUUAAAACUGGAAAAUUAACAGGAUUUUUUUUUGUUCUGGGUUUAUUUUGGCUUUGUUUUUAGUGUUAAAACCUUACAUUUAAAGAGCUCUUUAAAAUAUUUUAAAAUAUUUCCAGUGCAUAAUUUUUACAAUUACAAAUUCUGCAUGUUGUUAUAGCAAGUCUAUAUAUUUUCCAGGCACUUCUUCCUGCACUGUCUUAGAAAACAUCUUUAAAAAAGUGUUUCCACUCAAAAUCUUAGAUUUGAGAGCUCUAAUUCAAAAGCUGUACAUGUUUACAAAACUGCUUUGUUUUUCACUGCUGUUAGAAAAUAGCAUGUCAAACAUUACUAAUAAAUGUCACAAUCAUAUGACAACACAUAAUAGCAAAUUAUUCCACAGGGUGCUGUGGUCAAGUAAAGCAGAAUUUAAUAGGAUUUAUAUGCAAAGCUACAGGGGUCUGAAUGACUUCAUGCCAACUGCUUUGAAGAUAAGGCUUUAACAAAGUAAAUACAAUCACUUAUAAUGAUACCAAGUACCUCUAUACAUCAUGUUGUAAGAAAACUUACUCAUUUUUGUGAGAUGGGUAAGGGAAUUGUUAAGUAUCGAUCAAAAGUCCUCAUCCUCCAGUAAAAAGACAGUAAUACAAACUUGCUUGAAAGGAACCAAAGGCAUUGCCAAGAAUUAUGCCAAAAGAAGGCACUUUGUAUUUGAAAUUUGAGGAUAUCUCAAAGUAAAUCCCAAAAAGGUGUUAACUAUUUGAAGUCAAACUUUUCAUAAAGAUAUAGAUAUUCUACAAUUGUUUCCAUGUACAAUAGAGUAGCUGUGUUUUCUUGGUUUAAAUAUAUAUAUAUAUUUCAUAGUAGUAACAACCUUUCCAAGUGGAAGUGAAUUUUCUUCAUUUUUUGCUUGCAGUAGAAAUGUGGAGUGUAGUAGGUGUUUCUCUUCUUAUUUUCAUAGUCACAUUGUCUUAGCAUCUCACUUUUAUGAAAAAAGAAGAAAGAUACCACAGUCUCUAGGACUCUAUUCUUUAAGCACUAGUUUAUUAAAUACAUACAUAUAUAUAUAUACACAUAUAUAUAUAUAUAUAUGUAUGUAUGUAUAAGGCAAAAGGGGAGGGGAAGUUCCUUUCAUAUAUUGCCUUUCUGUUAAAAAACAAACAAAAAAAACCAUGAUGCCUUUGUAUUUGCUGUUUGCACCCCUGAAAUUAAUUCCAUAUCAUGUUUGAAUGCCAUACAUUUUGCACAUUGUACUGUAUAUAUGUAAUGCAUACUGUAUUUUUAUAUGUGUAGCACAUUUAUCAUCAAAUAUUUUGUACAUAGUGGCAAUAUUGUAGCUAAUGAGAAAAUGUUUGAUAUCUCAGCAUUUUUGCAUUUUUGUGUCUCAAAUAAAAAAAUUUUUGAUGUACUGUGA